CUUUUCUCUCUUAAUGCCAGCAACCACAACCAGUUUAUUCUCAUGGGGUGCUACACUUGGAGCAGCUGCUAGUGCAGCCUAUGUGAAUCGAAGGCAAAGUCAAGAUGACUUGGACAACAAAACGAAUCAUAGACCACGGCAUCAACAGCCACCUUCUAUCAAAUUCAAUCCACAUCGUCAUGCAACUAGAAAUAAUGACAUUCAUAUUUUGACUUUUGUGUUGGUCAAAGACUGACUUCUUGAUACCCUCCCUUGUUAAUUUAUCAAUAAAAAAAAUAUUUUUUUUUCUUCCAA